CUCGAAAUGCCCAGUUUGAUCCACAAAAUUCUGUAUUUUUCCCUUAAGGGUUUUCAAACUAAUUUCUUGGCAUAACCCUCCUUACCUCCAGUGGUAGAGAACUUUCUGUUUAGGAGACAGUGAAGGCUGGAAUAGGUAGUUAAGAGUCUCCUUUAAAUUGCAGCUUUGAGGCAAUAGCAUUCCAAAAAUGAUGCCAGGGCAGGCUUUCCAGGGCCAAGAUAUGGACUGGGUGACCUUCCAGAUCUCCCUAAAAGUUCUCUGACCCCAACCUGGGGGGAGUGUGCUCUGUGAGACCAGCCCCUCAAUCUGGACCUGUUACUUCCAUUCACAGUGGCUCUAGGCCCAGGAGUCCAAUAAGGAGCCCGCCCAGGAGCCCACAAUGGAAGCUGUGUUCUCAGGCCUGGCAGGCAGCCAGGGGAAGUCUGCUUUGACUCUGUUAGUCCAGCUCUGCUUCAGCCUGUCCUCCCACCACUUGUGGCCAGGUCUGAUUUCUGGCCCUCCAGGCGGGCAUUCUUGCCCAGGGAGGGAGGGGCUAGGAGACCAACCCUUCUUGCAAGUGGGGGCAGUGACUCACAGGUAGUUACCUGUCCUAGGGCUCCCUGCCAACCCUGCAGAGGAGCUGGAGGGGAGGCAUUUCAAGUCACUCUGUUCAUUCCUCUUACACUUUCCCUGGAUGAGUUGAGUUUUGAUCCCUUCCUGACAAACCUUUCCUUUUAAGGAUUCUCCAAAGUCCUCAAGAAGCCGGGAUUUUCCACUUACUUUUUUCCCUGGGGAGGGGGUUGGUGCUUUCUGGGGUCCUUCCUGGAUAUUUGGAACUUUUCACCCAGUGACACAUCUGGGGCUUUGAUGCUUUAUAUACAAGCCCUGAUCUUUGCAUCCUCUGCUUAGUCGUCUAUCUAGGGUGGUCUAGGAUAUAGAGGAAGCUGGCCUCAACUGGCCUUGGGGAAGUGCCAAGUACAGUGCCUGGCACAGAUGUGAAGGCCUUUCCCUCCCCUAGGAAUUCUGAUCUCUGACAAUCACUAACUUUGCCUGGUGCCUCCAUGUGAGGUGCCCCCAAGGCACCUCCAGGGAGGAGGGCACUGCAGAGCUUGCUGUGAGGCCUCUGGUACGGACCCACUUGCCCAGUCCCGUCCAGGGGGGUGGGGGUGCAGUGACGAGAUGGGCGUGACGGCUGCCAGAUUCCUGAGGCCCGCCCUGAAGUGGGGCUACGCCCAGCUAGGGAGUCUCCAGAGGUGAGGCUGUUGUUUAAAAGCUGGAGCCAGAAGAGAAGACCCCCACAUUCAAGGGGAGCUCUCAGGUGAUCUGGAGAAAGGACAGCAGCGGCACAGAGCGAGGUGAGGUCCUCUCUGGGGAUCACCCCCUUGGCUAAAGAUGAGACCACUCCUUCUCCUGUGUUUCACCCUGCCUGGCCUCCUGUGUGCCCAGCAAGCCUGCUCUCGUGGGGCCUGCUAUCCACCUGCUGGGGACCUGCUCAUUGGGAGGACCCAAUUUCUCCGUGCUUCAUCGACCUGUGGACUGACCAAGCCUGAGACCUACUGCACCCACCAUGGCGAGUGGCAGAUGAAAUGCUGCAGGUGUGACUCCAGGCUGCCUCACAAUUACAACAGUCACCGAGUGGAGAAUGUGGUGUCAUCCUCAGGACCCAUGCGCUGGUGGCAGUCCCAGAACGAUGUGAACCCUGUCUCUCUGCAGCUGGACCUGGACAGGAGAUUCCAGCUUCGGGAUAUCAUGAUGGAGUUUAAGGGGCCCAUGCCCGCUGGCAUGCUGAUCGAACGCUCCUCAGACUUUGGCAAGACCUGGCAGGUGUACCAGUACCUAGCUGCCGACUGUACCUCCACCUUUCCCAGGGUUCGCCAGGGCCAGCCUCAGACCUGGCAGGAUGCUCGAUGCCAGUCUCUGCCCCAGAGGCCAAAUGGACAUCUAAAUGGGGGGAAGGUACAACUUAAUCUUAUGAAUUUAGCAUCUGGGAUUCCAGCAACACAAAGUCAAAAAAUUCAAGAGUUGGGAGAGAUCACAAACUUGAGAGUGAACUUCACCAGGCUGGCACCCAUGCCCCAGCGGGGCUACCAUCCCCCCAGCGCCUACUAUGCAGUGUCCCAGCUACGUCUGCAGGGGAGCUGCUUCUGCCAUGGCCAUGCUGACCGCUGUGCCCCCAAGCCUGGAGCCUCAGCUGGCCCCUCCACCGCUGUGCAGGUGCACGAUGUCUGCGUCUGCCAGCACAACACAGCCGGCCCCAACUGUGAGCGCUGUGCACCCUUCUACAACAACCGGCCCUGGAGACCUGCGGAGGCCCAGGACCCCCACGUAUGCCAAAGGUGCGAGUGCAACGGACACUCGGAGACAUGUCACUUCGACCCAGCUGUGUUUGCUGCCAGCCAGGGGACACAUGGAGGUGUAUGUGACAACUGCCGGGACCACACCGAAGGCAGGAACUGUGAGCGGUGUCAGCUGCACUAUUUCCGGAACCGGCGGCCCGGGGCCCCCAUUGAGGAGACCUGUAUCCCCUGCGAGUGUGACCCGGAUGGGGCAGUGCCAGGGGCUCCCUGCGACCCAGUGACUGGGAAGUGUGUGUGCAAGGAGCAUGUUCAGGGAGAGCGCUGUGACCUGUGCAAGCCGGGCUUCACUGGACUCACCAACGCCAACCCGCAGGGCUGCCACCGCUGUGACUGCAGCCUCCUGGGGGCCCGGCAGGACAUGCCUUGUGAUGAGGAGACUGGACGCUGCCUGUGCCUGCCUAACGUGGUAGGCCCCAAAUGUGACCAGUGUGCUCCCUACCACUGGAAGCUGGCCAGUGGCCAGGGCUGCCAACCAUGUGCCUGUGACCCACACAACUCCCUCAGCCCCCAGUGCAAUCAGUUCACAGGGCAAUGCCCCUGUCAGGAAGGGUUUGGAGGCCUGACAUGCAAUGCCGCAGCCAUCCGCCAGUGUCCAGACAGGACCCACGGAGAUGCAGCCACGGGCUGCAGAGCCUGUGACUGCGACUUCCGGGGAACAGAGGGCCCGGGCUGUGACAAGGCCUCAGGGCGCUGCCUCUGCCGCCCUGGCUUAACUGGUCCCCGCUGUGACCAGUGCCAGCGAGGCUAUUGCAAUCGCUACCCAGUGUGUGUGGCCUGCCACCCUUGCUUCCAGACCUACGAUGCAGACCUCCGGGAGCAGGCCCUGCGCUUGGGCAACCUCCGCAAUGCCACUGCCAGCCUGUGGGCAGGGCCGGGCCUGGAGGACCAUGGCCUGGUGUCCCGGAUGCAAGACACAAAGAGGAAGGUCGAGCAGAUCCGAGCAAUUCUCAGCGGUGCCUCUGUCACAGAGCAGGAGGUGGCCCAGGUGGCCAAUGACAUUUCCUCCAUCAGGCGAACUCUCCAGGGCCUGCAGCCAGACCUGCCCCUAGAGGAGGAGAUCUUGUCCCUCCCUGGAGACCUGGAGAGUCUGGACAGAAGCUUCAAUCACCUACUGGUUAUGUAUCAGAACAAGAGGCAGCAGUUUGAAAAAUUCAGCAGUGCCGAUCCGUCAGGAGCCUUCCGGCUGCUGACCACAGCCUAUGAGCGGUCAUCCCAGGCUGCUCAGCAGGUCUCUGACAGCUCCCGCUUGCUGCGCCAGCUCAGGGACAGCCGGAAGGAGGCAGAGAGGCUGGAGGUACAGGCAGGAGGAGGAAGCGCCGGUGGCCCCCAGCUCGCUGCACUGAGGCUAGAGAUGGCUUCUCUGCCUGACCUGACACCCACCAUCAACAAGCUCUGUGGUGGCUCUAGGCAGACGGCCUGCACCCCAGGAGCAUGUCCUGGUGAGCUGUGUCCCCGAGAUAAUGGCACGGCCUGUGGCUCCCACUGCAGGGGUGCCUUACCCAGGGCUGGUGGGGCCUUCCGGACAGCGGGGCAGGUGGCUGAGCAGCUGCAGGGCUUUGAUGCCCAGCUCCAGCAGACCAGGCAAAUGGUAGAAGGGCAGCAGCUCCUUGGGGUACCACAGCAAGGAUGUCAGUGGGUGACUUCUGCUGUGGGGGCUGCUCAACCUGGACAGGCCUCAGAUCUCCACCUGAUGGGUGGCUGUCUUCCAGAUCCCGACACCAGUGCAGCCACCAUCCAGGAAGUCAGUGAGGCUGUGCUGGCCCUGUGGCUGCCCACAGACUCAGCAACAGUCCUGCGGAAAAUGAAUGAGAUCCAGGCCAUUGCAGCCAAGCUCCCCAAUGUGGACCUGGUGCUGUCCCAGACCAAGCAGGACAUUGCCCGGGCCCGCAGACUCCAGGCUGAGGCUGAGCAGGCCAGGAUCCGAGCCCACACAGUGGAGGGCCAGGUGGAGGACGUAAUUGGGAACCUGCGGCAGGGCACGGUGGCACUGCAGGAGGCUCAGGACACCAUGCAAGGCACCAGCCGCUCCCUUCAGCUUAUCCAGGACAGGGUUGCUGAGGUUCAGCAGGUACUGGGGCCAGCAGAAAGGCUAGUGACAGGCAUGAUGGAGCAGCUGGGUGACUUCUGGGCACGGAUGGGGGAGCUCCGCCGCCAGGCCCAACAGCAGCAGGCACAGGCCAUCCAGGUCCAGCAGCUUGCAGACAGGACCAGCAAGCAUGCACUGAGUGCACAGGAGGGAUUUGAGAGGAUAAAGCAAAAAUAUGCUGAGUUAAAGGACCGGUUGGGUCAGAGUCCCAUGCUGGGUGAGCAGGGCAGCCGAAUCCUGAGUGUCAAGACAGAGGCGGAAGAGCUGUUUGGGGAGACCAUGGAGAUGAUGGACAGGAUGAAAGAUAUGGAGUCAGAGCUGCUACGGGGCAGUCAGGCCAUCAUGCUGCGCUCGGCGGACCUGACGGGGCUGGAGAAGCGUGUGGAGCAGAUCCGAGACCACAUCAACGAACGCGUGCUCUACUAUGCCACCUGCAAGUGAGGCUCCAGGCCCCGGCCUGGCCCCACUCACCUGCCCCCUUUGCUCUUAGGGGGUAGGUUGGGUUGGAAUGCUUUCCAGCUCCAGGAGACUUUGCUGCUGCCUAAGGCACAGCCUGGACCACCCCUGGUGUGCAGUUGUUAAGGUCACCCUGGACUUCUGCGGAGCCUGAGUGGCUGGGACGACUAACUACAUUUGAAGGACAGAAGUGGUGGAGGUGGACAUGUUACCAUGACUAGGAGCUCCCGAGUCAAGGGAGCUGGGCCGGGCAGUGUCCUCGCCCUUUGUUCUCUGUUGUAGCUGAAUCCUAGACCAACACAAACACUUAACUAAAAAUAAUGUAAAAAUGAAAAGCCCAAUAAAAACCUGAGGAAAGAA